AUGAAUAGCAGUACGAUUGGUGGCAAGAAGAAGCUUCACAAAACUCACAAAUGCAAGAGAAUUUUCGAAAUUAUUGGUAAUUAUGUAGCAAAAUUUUUAGGACAAACAAAUCUUCAAGGCCUCAUUUAUGUUGGUAAUUCGCAACUGUCCAUCUGGGAAAGAGCUUACUUUCUCAUCUGGUUUGUCACUGUCAUAUCGGUGGCCAUAAAUUUUGCGACUAAUGUGUACACGCGUUGGGAAACAACACCGGUUAUUAUAGCUUUGGAGGCACAUACGACACAAAUUCGCACCACGCCCUUUCCAGCGAUCACUAUCUGCAACAUGAAUCAAGCGCUGCGCAGCCAAACCGAACACUUUCCUCGUCAUUCGCUUGGCUUUGCCAUGACGCAAAAGAUAUGUUUUCAAGACGUUGACUAUAGUCAAUUUGAUGACUUGAAACCCGAAUCAAAGAACGACACCUUCACGAAUUUCAUCUGGCGCGUGAACGGCCAGGCGUGCGACAAUAUGAUCGUAUAUUGCCGCUUUGGCAACAAGGAGGACCGCUGUACAGACUUCUUCCGGGAAGUGCUUAUGGAUGAGGGAAUUUGUUGUGCCUUCAAUAUCUUACAUCCAUCCUAUUUAUACAAGGGAACUUACAUAUUUAUACGUGAUUUUACGUCAUCUAUUGGCACCAUUCCGGUGGAUUGGAAUUUGGAAACUGGUUAUGCCGAUAAAUUGCCGUUAUACUAUUAUCCGCGUACCGCCGUAGGCGCAGGUGUUACCUUGGGGUUCACUUUCGUACUUAAUACUAAUCUCAGCGAAUAUAUUUGCUCGUCCACUUUUAGUACAGGGUUGAAGGUGAUCACUCACAAUCCCAUCGAUACGCCACACGUAAAAGAGACGGGCUUAUCCGUGCAACCAGGUUAUCAACACCGUUUUCGUCUGAAUAUCGAUAGUUCGAAGGCUCUGCCUUCUACACGUAGCAUUACGCCAAAACGUCGCCAAUGUCUCUUCAAUAAUGAACUGGAAUUGCUAUAUUUUCGUUACUAUACCCGACGCAAUUGUGAGAUGGAAUGUGACUCUAAAUAUUUUCUACGUCGCUGUCAAUGCAUUCCAUAUCACAUGCCACUCAUCUAUCCGAACGCAAGUGUUUGCACUGUGAAAGAUUUCAAUUGUGAAACCAUUGCCGAAUCGGAGGUUAACGAUAAGCAGCAUGUGGCUUGUAAGCGUGAUUGCCUGCCGGGAUGUUUUAAUUUGGAAUAUUUCCCCACUGUUUACCGCACACCACUGGCGAAUACGUCUUUUGUUUUUAGAGACGGAUUCUUUAGAAACUACACGAAGAAAGAGAUACACGAAAACUUCGCUUUGGUGCAAUUGUACUUCUCCGAUGAUUUGUUUCGGUCCAAGGUUAGAUCACCAUAUACCAGCUUUACGGAUUAUCUCUCACAAACUGGUGGCAUUAUGAGUUUAAUGGUAGGUUUUGGGGUUAUGUCAGUGCCUGAGUUCUGUUACUUUUUCUUCAUCCGUCCACUAUUCGACUUGAUAUUGCGUCGAGUGCCAUGUGCUGUGCGUAGAGUAACUGCGAGCAAAUUUCGAAAGAGUACAAACGGAAAUGCAGCUCUGUUGGGUAAUAAGCAAACAUUUUAUGUUAGAAGACCAGCCUUGGGACGCAGGCCAUUGAAGUCUUUCAAUGGUUAUACCAGCCAAAAGACACAUAAUGGCUUAAUGAAAAAGAUGUCAAUACAAAGAGAAGAAGUUUUAAAUAUCGAUAUGGAGAAAGAAGGUUUGUUUCCGUACACCGAAUGA